UGUAGUCGACGAGAAGACAAAGGGCAUAUAUAGCUUUUAUUCACUUUAGUGAAAAAAAAUUUACAAGAGACAGUUUCCUCAAUGUCCUCUCUUUCCGGGGUCGACUGCCUUGGUGUUCUUAGUAAAUCGUGAAAACUGUGUCACAGGGUCUUCUGCAUGUAGCCCGUGUGUGAUUUAAGUUAUUACAUAUAAAAAUACUGCGACAAAAAAAUACAUUCCCAUAAAGAUGGAUAUAAAACAAGAGAAAAAAUUAGAUAAAAUCGACCUGAUUGAUUUAACAAUCGACGACGAUUCUUCUAAUAUGGAAGUUGAAAUUAACCAAUCAGAUAGUAAUUCAGAACGUCAACAAUUUGAUUUGGCUGUAUGUAAAAAAUUAAAUGAACAACCUAAACAAAAUCAAACACUUGUAUCAAUACCAGCAACAUGUGGUCGUCAUCAACAACCAUCAUUCAACUCUGAUGAAAAAAAAAGUCAUAUGUUUGAGGAUAGUGCAUUUUAUUAUGAUCUUCUUUUACCAGCUAAAGCUAUGAUUAAUUUAUUUAAUUUAAAUGAUGCAUAUGAAACAAAAAAUCGUGAAUAUAUGUUGAACGUUGAAUCAUCCAAUGAUCCUGAAGAGUCAUUUGUUAUAAGACAUUUAAAUGUUUCGAAAGCUUCGCAAUUUAAAUCACAACUUAAAGUAUCUAAACCACAUCAAAUUGAUAUUGGUCCAAUUUAUGAAAAACCACCACAAAAAGGAAUGGAAAAUAAAGUUAUUGCUAGAGAGCAUUUAAUGGACAUUGAUUUGAGUGAUUAUGAUGAAAUACGUACUUGCUGUAAAAAUAAAAAUAUGUGUAAAAAAUGCUGGAAAUAUGCUGCAUUAGCAUGUAAAAUUUUAGACAAACAAAUAAGAGAAUAUUGGCAGUAUAAACAUAUAAUGUGGGUUUAUUCGGGACGAAGAGGAAUUCAUGGUUGGAUUUUGGACAAAAAAGCCAGAGAAAGUAAUGUUGAAGAAAGAAUUGUUAUCACUGAUUUUUUCAGUGUUCUUCAAUCAGGUCAUAAUAAAAAACGUGUUAAAUUUAGACGUCCUCUUCAUCCUUUGAUAAGUGAUAAUUUUCAAUUAUGCUUGGAAUUUUUUGUUGAAGUAUGUAUAGUGGAACAAGAUUUAUUGAAUGAUAUGGAAAACAUUUUGUUUUUUUUGGAACAAGUACCAAAAGAAUUUCGUGAUGAUCUUUUAACUGGAUUUAAAAGCUAUAAAACAAGUUUUCAACGAUGGAGUUAUUUUUUACUUUAUCAUGAAAAACAAAUGAAAAAUAUUGAUGAAAAAGUAAAUAAAGAAUUGGUAGCUGAAUGUAAAUAUCUUGUUGAAGAAAUUGUUAUACAAUAUACUUUUCCAAGAUUGGAUUGUCCAGUAUCAAUUCAAAAAAAUCAUGUACUUAAAUGUCCAUUUAGUUUUCAUCCAAAAACAGGAAAAAUAGCUUUGGUCAUUGAUCCAGAACAAGUUGAAUUAUUUAAUCCAGAUAAAGCUCCAACAGUUGAUGAAAUUGUUAGACAAUAUCAAGGUUCUGUUAAAUUGGAUGAGUCAGUAGGGCUAUAUAAAUUUAAAAAAUCUGUUGAACAUUUUGAAAAUAUAUUGAUUCAAUUAAAAGAAGACGAACAACAACAACAAGAACAACAACAACAACAACAACAACAACAACAACAACAAGAAAAAUGAAUAAUAUAUUUCAACUUUUUAUAUUUUAACUUUUGAUGAAUAAUUUGUGUGUGUAUUUUUUUGUGUGUAUCAUUCUUUAAAUAAAAAGAUAUUAAAAAUUAA